UACCCACAAGCCCAUUCACCGGGGAGAUUUAGCGUCAGAAACAAAUAUGGCGGAUACGUGAGUGCGUGGAAUCCGCUACCCUCUUCUUUUCUUCGAUGCUGUUAGCUUAUUUUACCGGAUAAACAACAUUUUGCGUAACAGAUUGAAAUGUUUCGCCGGUCAAGGUUUAGUGUUCGUCCCAAUGUAAACACUGGGGGGAGAACAGCAGCGGCUGCUUCUCAGGAACCUCCUGCAGGGAACCAGGAUGCCAGUGAGACUCCGAAAGAAACCGGUGAAGGCAGCAGUGCUGCUGUUGCUACAGAUAAAUCUGACGUGAGCCCAUCAGAAAACACCUCCGCUCCAGGAGUUGGAAACGACCAGAAUGGAGAAAGUACCAGCUCUUCUGCAUCGGUCCAAAGAAGAAAGCGGUUUUCUGUCAAGCCCAAAGUGGCCCCCGGUCGCCUUCCUGCCCUCCCACGCAUGCCAAGAUCUCCCAUCAAAGCAGCUCCUGCCAACAUCUCUGGCUCAGACGCAGAGAGGCCCUCAACGUCUAGCAAACCUCCAGUUCCUCGUGGUCUUCAGUCCCCAAGACCACGGAGACUUUCUGAAGACAGCAAGCAGCACAAAGUCCAACCAGACCUCACCCCCGUGUCUCCCGAGGAAUCAGGACACUUGGCUGAAGACCCACAAGAACAAACCCAUCUGCCAGCUGAUGAUAGCCAACCUGCAGAAAACAUUUCAGGCAGUCAGGUUAAAGAAGUUCCUCCCAGACUACCAGAUAGGGUACCGCCAUCUCUACCAGAUAAAGAUGCAACAGAAAUAUCAGAGAAAGCAAAGACUCUCAUUUCAUCCAAAAAUGUGGUUUCAAUGACCCAGUCAGCGCUGUCUUUGAGCAGACUCCUGAAUGACCCGUCCGAUGUGCAAAGACUGAUGAAGGCCCAGAAGCUCAGAGAGCUGCUGAAACGUGAACGGUGGAAAGAAAUGAAUGUGCGGAAAGCUAAGACUCGUAAAAAGGAAUUUUCUUUGGAUCCCACAAAGAUGACAAUGCGAGACCUUAUCCAUUAUAUCCCAACAUCUAACCCAAUGACAUGCAGUUUAGAAGAUUCAGCCCAAGAGAACGAGAGUGCGCUCUCCCCUGUGCCACUGAGAGAAAAGUCUCCAGAGCGACCAGAAAAACCCGAAGCCCAACCUGCUACGACAGCUUUACCGCCAGAGGAACAGGAGGAGGAGCCUGCAUCGGCAGAAGAAGACCAGGAAGAAGCCCUCUUGGUGCCUCAGGUGAAAGUGGCAGAAGAUGGCUCACUGAUCAUUGAUGAAGAAAGCCUGACGGUGGAGGUCCAGCGAGCUAAAGGUCCGAACCCCGCUCAAGACCGAGAGCCUAUUUUUGAGCGCGGCUCCACCACAACUUACUCAAGUUUCAGGAAGGCAAAUUAUACCAAACCCUGGUCGAUAGAAGAGACGGAUAUGUUCUUCCUAGCAGUUAGCAUGGUGGGGACUGACUUUUCCAUGAUUUGUCAGCUGUUUCCACACAGAUCUCGAUUAGAGAUAAAGAACAAGUUCAAAAAAGAAGAGCGGGAGAAUUGCUGGAGGGUGGACAAGGCUUUCAGAGAGAGGCGUAAACUGGACAUUGAGUACUUCUCUAAGCUGCUGGAAAAAGUUUUGGAAGUUCAAAAAGACAGAAAGAAACUCAAGCUGCUUGCAGAGAAGAACACCAACAAGAAGAGCAAGACUAAAAGAAAAAGGAAAAAAUCUGCAAAGCAGCUGAGUGAUUCAGAGGAUGAGAGGGAGGAUUUUGAGUUGGAGGACGGGGGAGAGAAAGAGAACGAAGAACAGUGUAAUGAUGGAGAUGAACAGAAGAAAAAGCGCACGAGAAAGAAAAGAGCAGAGCACUUGACUGAGGAACCCAAUCAAAAGAAAACCAAAACAGGUGAAGACUCGGAGGCACGACCCGAGGACGACACCAAUUCAGACAUAUUGGAAAAUGUUCAGAACGCCAACACAACCAAGGAGUCGACCAUCAAGCCAGCCAAGCUGAAACGAGCCAGAGCACCGACGCCGGUUGUGGUUUUGGGUUUGAAGCGAGGUAAAAAGGUUCCUCCUUCCAGACAAGAGGAAGAACCGUCAUCAGAGAAAGGGGAGAAGAGUGUAAAUGUAGAAGAAUCAGACUUGAACUGUUCCAAUCUAAGGAAUUCUGCUAGUGAUGAUAUUUCAUCUGAAGAAGAAGAGGAAGCUGUGAUUAAGCCUCAAAAACCCACGAGAUAUGGCAGAGUCCCAAAACCUACCCAGACCUUGACGUAUGCUUCCCAAGAGGAUCUCUCUACGUCUGAGUCUGCUCCAGCAACAUCUAGAUCUAAAUCCUCUGUUAGCAGAAAAAAGUCAUUGAAGCCACAGUUGGCUCCAAAACCCAAAAAGUCCAAAUUGGUCACGCUCAGGUCUUCCAAGACAGACUUCAGUGAUGAAGACAGUGAAAGGGAGUUGGAGGACACAGACGGACGAGCAGAGCAGCUCUUUUCAUGCACGUCCGGGAAAGACACCGACGAGUCUUUGUUUAUGACCUCCAGCCUGCACUCUCCUAAUGUUUUGGUUUCAGAAGUGGAUGAGUCUAUUGAAGAGCUUGACAUCUUGGACAGUAUGCCUGAUGUGCUGGGCAUCUCCCAAGAUGCAUUGUGCCCUGAUUCCUCUUGUCAGAAGGCACAACAUGAGACUGGCAAUGCUGAGCCAUGUGAACAUCAGUUGGACCUGCUGGUUGAUGUUAUAGACUUUCUUUCUGCAGAAAACACUGAAGUUUCACAGAAUGAAAGCUACAAUGAAGCUGCACAAACCCUUUUGGCCAUUGGCAGCCUGACUCACAUGUCUCAGUCAGCGCCGAGUGAAAUGACCACAGAUGACUGUGUAACAGAGGAAAGACCAGCUGGUGUGAAUGAAUCCAGCCACCUCGGAGAAGAGGGCUUUCUGUUUUCUUUGUCUUCAGCUUCAGAUCAAGAAGUUGCAGAAACAUUCCAGAAUGUUGCCCCACUGGAACGACAAAGCAGCGUAACCGCCAGGACUGAUGUCGCUCUCCCUGAAACCAGCGAUCAGACAUGUAGUGAGCUGAAGGCUCUUAGUGAUGUUGAUCAUACACCACAUGAACCAAAACCCGCGCAAGCGUCCAGGACUUCACAACAAACAUCCCAAAAGGAGACAAUAUAUGAACAGAAGGCAAAAGAGAGAUGCACUCUAGCUGCAAACCAAGUUGGCAAGAGCGAAACAGCUGAAGCAACUACAACAGAAUCGGCCCUACUUCCUACUGAACUCAAACUAACUGAAGAGUCUGUUGUCCAGGGCUCUUCUUUCUCUGAAUCCCAGUUUGAGCCUAGAAGGGAUCAGGCCAGUAGAGAGGCAAAUGCAUCUGAUUCCACAGAUGAAAGAUCUAUUUCUCAUGUAGAAACAAGUGAUGCAAGUUUUGUUAAACACCCUGCUGCAUUACCUGCAGAAGGUUUACCUUUCAGUCAAAAGGGAGAUGGUGACGAAGCAGCGUCCAGCCGGUCUAGAUUGAGCAGAUUCCCAAAAGUCAAAGUCAAACCAAACUUAACAUCAAGAGCUGCAAGGAAUAAAUCUCAGACUGGUGGCGAAACUUUGAAGAAAGAUGCACUUCCAACUGACAAUGAGGAAACUAAGACACACAUGGAGGUGGAUAAUCAACCAGCAAUAGGGGCCGAAACAUCGGACCUGAGUGCUACAGAAAACCGGUCCAUCUCUGAAGUUCACCUCAGAGGCAGAAGUUCAGACUCUGAGUUUACAGAAGAAAACCAGACAUGUGAAUUUGGACGAACAGAGAGAAGCAGUAAAACAAACCCGAGAGUCACAGAACCACAAGCCGGACCGGGAGUGAAUGUAGGUUUAGUUUUGACCCAAGAAAAUAACAAGGAUCCUGUUACUGCUAUCACUCCUGCAGAAGAGACGACAACUAAUAAAGAAGAGGGUAAAGUAGCUGCUUGUCAGUUGAGAAGAAGUCGGCUACAAAAGAUUAAACCCAAACCAAAUAUACCACAGACAUCAAGAGCUGCAAAGAGUAAACCAACAGAAGAACCAGCAGAGAAACACUUGGGUACCAUUUUAAAUGUUGAAUUUGACCAGGAGACAAAAGCACAGGUGGAUCCUCAAGAAACAGAAACCCCUUCUGGAAAACUGAUUGAAAGAACUGAUCUUGCUUCAAGUUUAAGUUCAGUACAAACUCCAGGCUGUUCUCUUACAUCCACAGAGGAGCCAUCUAAAAAUGAGAAGACACUUGUUGGACUUGAUCAGAUGGAAAUUGAUGUGGCGUCCGAUCAAAGUGCCCUAGAAAACCAGAAAGUCUCUAAAAUUCAGGAAGAUCAAAGUGAAAAGUGUGCCACGCUUGAUUCCUUUACAGAAACAAGAGAGAGUCUUCAUAAUGCUGCUGCAGCUGCAGCUAAUUCAGGAAGUGAAAAAUCAAAAAUCAUAUUCACAUCGAUCCCAGAUUCAGUCCCAGUUCAAGAACCGAUUGCUGUAGAAAAGUCGGACGUCUGUAAACAAGAUUGUGAAGCUCAGUCUGCUCUUCAGCUGAGGAGGAGUCGAUCACUGAAAAUUAAACCCAAGCCAAAAAUACCACAAACACCCAGAUCUGCAAAUCCUAAACCUCCAAUCACAGAAAGCAAAAGCUCAAGUUCUUGUUCAGAUCCUGAAUCCCAUAAAAAAACAAAAGUAGAACUUGAAGCGCCAUGCGGGCCUUCCCCAGAGAAACAGCCAGUGAGCACCAGUCCAGCUUCAUAUGGACAAUCACCACAGACUGUGGGAUCCUCCGUAACACCCUCUGAAGGAGUACAUGUCGGUGAGGAAAAGGAGACGGUCGAAUCUACUGGUCAGCUGAGGAGUCGGUCACACAAAAGUAAACCAAAGCCAAAUUUACCACAGAUCCAGAGGACCACAAAGUUUAAAUCUCGAGUUACAGACGAGGCUGGGUCAAGUCCUACUUCAGCACCUGCGUUUGACAACAACGCAGAUUCACAAAGCACUCAUGUUGGACCUAGUGAUGAGAUGGAUUUGGGAGCAGAAACAUCAGAUCAGGGUUUCUCAAAGGACCAGAAUCUCUCUGAAGUCCAGCCUGAAUCCAAUUCUGAGCCCAGUUCUGAACAGGCCACUACAGGAAUGAAGAAGUUAAAGAUGGAACAGCAACCAACUUGCUCUUCUGCCCUUCCUGAAGAAUCAAGGCCAGAUAAGACAAGUGGUGCUACUUCUCUGGUUUCAGUACCGUCACUGAAAUUAGCUUCUACUCAUGAAGUCACAGAGAAACCAUCUUCAACUAAAGAUCAGCUGGUGCAAAAUGCUGGACAAGUCUCGAGUUCAGAAGGUGCCGAACAAAACAAGCCUCAGAGAAGACUGAGGUUUUCCAAAGUCAAACCCAAUUUAGCAUCGACUAGUAGAGUUACAGCCAGAAAGCUUCAGUCAGAUGACUGUAAGCCUUCAGAAGACCAACACGCAAACACGUCUCCAACUGGUGCACCGGAGCGUCAAUGUGGGGAGUCCACUGAGGACAAGAUGUCAAAUAAAGAUCCAGCAGAAACUGAUUAUGCUUCAUCUGGUGAUUGCAAGGUGUCCUCUUCAGUGUCUGGGUCAAAAACCCAAACAAUAACUGCUCAGGCUACUAUAACAGAUGUCCAGUCCACAGUCAACAGAACAGCCUCUAGUGCCAGUCUCAAACCUCAUGAGACGGACUUAUCUGUACAAAGCUCUGAUAAAAUGCCGUCAGAGUUGACCGAUACGUCCAAGACCUCAAGAGAAGCCCCUCGGACUCGUAGAGGCCGGCUUGUUAAACCCAAACCCAACCUGAGAGGCAGGAGCUGCCCUCAGCCAGAACCAGACUCUGGCAGCUGCUCUCAGGUUGUUGACGUCUCUGAGUCUGAACUCAGACCUGAUGAUCAGAGGCCAGUAAAGAAGGUCACUGGAGCGCCUAGUCUCAACGACCCCAGUUCAAAUGAUCAUUCUUCUGAUCACGUGACACAACACUCCAGCACUCGGAGCGAAUCAACAUCAAGUGCCGAAGGGGUUCAAAGUUAUCCGCUCUUAUCAGGGAUCCUGCCAGCAGAAGUGCCUUCAGAUCCAGAUGAGCCUUUUUUCAUCCUCUCUCUGACGGAGAUCCCAGUAUCAUCAGCGGAGGAGGAGGCCGCACCCCCUCCUCUCCCUGUUGCUGAUCCAUCAAAGCACGAACAGAACGUUUCUGCAGAAAGUUCAGAAGCAGUUGGAGGUGGUUUUAAUGUUUCUGUGCACAGUCAAGUGGCCAGUAACGACACUGGGUCAGAACCAGCUGGGUUCGUCACUGGUCAGAAAGACAAAACUACCAUCCAGCCACCAAAGUUUCCUCCAACAGACGCUAAAGAGACCAAAGCUCUGUCCUCUAAGAAAACACCAAAAGGAUCUGGCAGGAAAGGCAAACGGCAAGUUCAGUCUGCAGCUGCCACUGAGGCCGAGUCGUCCUCUGAUAAGAGCGUCACGGAGCCUCACGGUGAAGCUGGAGGUCAUGUGGACACUGAUAAGAAAACUGUGAGCGGUGAGAAGGAACCUGACAGCAGCUCCGCCUCACAAAGUGUAGCGAGUGUUGGGAAAAGUCGUCGGAGCAGAUCCAAAAGCAAAGAUUCCUCUUCACUGUCUCCUGAGACAGUUAGUUCCUCUAAGAGCAAACCUCGGCAGAAAUCGGCAGGAAAACAGGCUUCAUCAAAGUCCAGAGUCUCCGAGACGAGAAGCCUUUCCACAAAUAGUUCCCAACCGUCACCAGAAGUCCACUCAGCACCUCCCACCUGCUCAAACCCAGCUGGUGGCGUUCGCCGUCGUGCAGCCGAAGUUUCAUUCUCCCAGGAAGACGACAGCGCUGUGGAGCCCACCAACGUGUCUCAGUUCUUCUUAAGUGACAUUUUCACAGAAGUCCAAGAAGGAUAAAAGCUGCAGCCGGCCUUUUUAAAAUAUGUUCUGGCAUUAUCUUUGUAAAAGUUCCAAAAGAUGAAUGCGUUUUCUUUGUUUUUUUUUUUUUUUUUUUUGGUCAGUUCGAGUUUCAGAUUUCCUUUAAAAGCACUUUGGACGUGUACAGCAGGCCUGCUUCACUGAAAUGUUCUCUAACGUUCUCUCAAAUUCAAGGAAUCAGCAGGAAGUCGUUUUAGACUGAAAACAAAGCAGCAGAAUAUUCUGAACCAGCUGUGAAAAUGUAAAUAUUAUAAAGUAGCAAUGUUUUCAGCGUUUUAUGCUUCAUCGGGUGUGUCCGGUCAGCUGUUUCAGAAACGAAGCCUUCACUCCACGACAAGAAAUGUAGUUCAGUAAUGUUCUGUGUUCAUUAAAGUUUUAUUUAGUGAAAUGAACAAUUUAAACAUAACUGUUGUUAUUUGACUAUAUUACAGACGUGUUGAGUGUGUGAGGCAUUCCGGUUGUGUUCAACAUAAUACUAGAUCAUCUGGAGCAGGGCUGUUCUAGUUCUGCGUGUUUUGGCCCAUUCACCUGCUCCAACACACCCGAUUCAGUGACUGAUUCACCUCUUCAGCAGGUCAAGUUCAACAGAAGCCUCCUAGUCGGCCACGGAUUCAGCCCUUUUAGCGAGGAGCCACAAUGUGUAGGUGACCCUCGAAGACCAGGCUUGAAUAGCCCUGCUGAGCCACAUUUCAGGGGAAAGGCUUUUGUUUUGGCAGAUUUGUACAAGAACUGAACUUUAUUUAUUUUGUAUUUAUGUCAAUACCUAACCAGAAGUGUCCCCUCACAUGGUGUUAAGAGUUUUUAUCUGAAUAAAAUAAAUUCUUCCACCUCCA